CGAGGCUGAAAAGGAGCUUCGCUGCGCGGCGACGUGCUUCGCUUCCCCGAGCCACCGCUCUCGCGCGCGACGCCCUCGGAAUGCGUAGAGAAACACAAACACGCAUGAGCAUAUACUCCCGGAGGUCCGCGGGGACUUCUUGGAUGGGUACUGUGUCCUCACCCCCUGCGCGCGGAGGGCUCCAGGGAUGCUGCCGGAGGCGCCGCCUGGGGGGCCCGGCGCCGAUCCAAGAGAUCCGCGCGAACUUCCUGAGGCUUGUGAUUUUGCCGGUUUCAUCAGUCGAGCACAGGGACCUCUUUUUGGAACUCCGCGCACGAUGAACACUGACGGCUUCCCAACUGAUGGGAAGGGGACUCAGCCAAGCAUAUAAACUGCUGCGCAUCCGCUCUCUGCUAGUCGAAAAUUGUGUCACGAAACUCGGCCCCUGAAAGCAGGUAUAUGUCCCGGCCGCUCAGCCGAUAGCCUGCUUUCCAAGAUGAUACGGAUGUUACCGUGAAGCAGAAGCCGAGGAGGAGAGGCGGGAGGGGAGGAGGAGGCAGAGGAAGGGGAGGAGAGGGGAUGGAUGUUUCAAAACGGUGUGAGUGCAUGUUCCCAUGAUCCGAACGAUCAUUCAUAUAAACUGGCACUCAUGUAAGAGUUCCACGCGCCACCAUGCAAACUCACACAAUAAGCAAUCGCCCCCCAGGCCGAGCGAAAACACAAUUACCGACAGUGCGAAUAAAGUAUAGUAAAUCGUGAGACGAGACAACUGACAAUUACAUUCGGUUGACCCGCUCAUGCACUGCAGCGGAGGCGGGGGAAAGGAGGAGGACGACGAGCAGAGAACAACACGGGACAUGGCAAAAAGGACAAGGCCCCGAAGCAGCGGACUUGCAAAGCAGGUGCGGUCCCCAGCCCCAAACACAGACACAUACGCGCCCAAACGCGCGCUGUGUAAUACCGCCGGCGAAGCGGAAUCGAACCUUGCAAGUUUAAAGCGGCAGCAGCGGCGGCCGAGGGGGAGAGGCGCAGAAGAUGGGGCCUGCUUGGACUCCUGGGCAUUCUUGGGACGCCCUUCCUGGAUCAUGGCCGUGGCAGGGGCGCGGGGGCGCGCAGGCGGGCGCUUCCCUCUCUUGCGCUCCGCGCAGGCAUCUUUCCCUUCGCCUGGGGGGGGUCCAAGCAUAUCGGGUGACGCUGGCCUCCAGGAUCCCAGCACCGUGCGGUUGCCCUGCCCCGCUUCGACCGCGCGGAGCGCCUGCCGAGGCUACGACUUCCGUGAACUACUCGAUAAAAUGGUAGCGACCGUGCUGGCAGAAGAACGAGCUGCACAGUCUGCUUAUGUACGACGGCACCUGGUGCUCAUAUCACCAACGAGAAGUACACUGACAACAGAAAAAAACACGUAAAACAAACCCAGCCGGCCACACGCGUGCCCACAACAGCUCCGUUCUCUCUGUCGGCUGCAACUGCAGCUCGUGCUAUAACUAAAAAGAAUCAUCCGACCGCCUUCGGAACCCCGAAGAUACUAUGGCCCCAUUACCCCGGCGGCAAGCCCGCGGGGGAAAUGCGAAUGGGCGGGCCUUCUCAGAAGGCUCCGAAGCCUCCCAGCCUUCCGAGAGGUGUCCUAAGCCUUCCCCAAAGGUGCAGGAAACGCCUCCGAAGGCGCGAGGGCUUCUGAGAAGCUCCGACGCCUUCUGAGAAGGCCUUCUCCUCCUCAUUUCCCCCCAUCGCUCGCCGCCUACAUCAGGGAGGGCUGCAGAACCAGAAGCUGGGUGUUGCUAGAAGUGCCCCUGGCCCAAGAUGCCCCGAGGGCUUCCAAGGAGGCCCCCGCGGCCUCCAGAGCACCCCUCACGAGGCCCAAAGGGCCCAGGGGGCUCCAGAAUGGAGCGAAAAGCUGGGGGCACCUUCUGCUAGGGGCACCCCUCGCACCCCCCCCCGAAGAAGGGGAGAUGCCCCGACGCUUGGCUGCUGGCCACCGGCCACGGCGCCGCAGGGCGCGGCAAAUGAUGGAUCAGCCCCUCAGCCAACGCCUCAGUCCCCGCCGCGCGCCCCGGAGUCUGGCCGCCGGGCGCGGGCCCCCCUCGGCGUGCUGCUAUGGGUGCUGCCCGGCGGCGUGGGCUCGUCGCCGCCGGCCGCGGCCUGCUGCCCCGGCGGCGCCCCGAGCUCGUCCUCGGCGGCGCCCUCGCCGCGCGGCCGCCGGCGGAACUUCAGGCCCUGCUCGGACACGCU